CAUAAAGGAUAUACAUGUUUCUGUACAGCACACGGAAUAUAUUUAUUAAACAUAGAAAUGAUUAUUAGUGAAACGAUAUGAUUUUAACCAUGAAAAGAACUUCGUUUAUGUUUCAAAUUAUUUUUUGUUUCGUCAUUUUAAUCUGUAAUGGUUGUUACAGUUUUCUGGUUUGUGAGAGAUAUGGUCAUAAUAUUGAAAUAAGUGAGGCGUCACCCAUCGGUUCUGUGGUUUAUGACUUAAACUGUACUGACACAUCUGGUUCAGGCCUCGAGUAUACUAUUAAAUCUGGAAACAAGUAUGGCCAUUUCGGCAUUACAGAUGGCAUUAUGUCACUUAAUAAAAUGUUAAAUGCAGAUGGUCUAACACGGAAAAAUCACCUAAAAAUCAUAGUUCAAUCUACUGGUCCAAGUGUGUUCUCAACCACACUCACCAUCGCAGUACUAGCUAUUAACAGUAAUGGUCAUCCACCUAGAUUUGAAUCCAUUACUCCUGCGGUCACGCUACCAGAAAAUACUGAAGUUGGUACUAAAUUGCCCAUCAACUGCGUCGUGAAAGACAAAGAUUUCACGCCUGUUAAUACAGGCAUCGUAGCGGCACCCGGAUUAACUGAAGUUAGAAUUAAGAAUUCAGAGGCCCUUGAGCAUUUCCUUUUGGAUAAAAUAAAAUGUGAAUUAUACUUGAAUGCUGAAUUAGAUUUUGAAACGCAGGCUACUCAUGUAAUUAUAAUUGAAGCUUAUGAUUUGGAUCCAACAUUUCCCAAAACAGUGUCAGAAACAGUUACGAUUAGUGUUACAGACGUCAAUGAUAAUUCACCGAAAUGCGCAGAUUCUACUAGAUUAGUUCAAAUUCCAGAAGAUCAACCUAUCGAUACCACCAUUGCUGUUCUAAAUUGUAGUGAUAUUGAUUCCGCAUCAAACGGUGUAGUUAAUUAUAAAUUAUCUAGUAACAAUUCAGCUAAUGUAUUUCAAAGUUUUAAAUUAGAUGUUCCAGAAAUGUCUCAUUUGCAACUUCUGAAGCCUUUGGAUUAUGAAAGCUCCUCCUCCUAUAAAGUAAAGGUUGAGAUUUAUGAUUCUGGAAAUCCGAGUCUUACCACAACCGUGGAAUAUAAUAUAAUUGUAACUGAUGUGGAUGACAAUAAACCAACAUGGCCUGUUAGUCCAAUCCAUGCUGGAAGUAUUACCGAACUGCAACCAUUGGGCUAUCUGGUUUAUACGGUGAAAGCGGAGGAUGCUGAUUUACAAAAUACUCCUGCAUCUUCAAUUACAUAUGGAAUGUACCCUAGUGUCCCAAACUGGUUUUCUAUCCAAUCUGAAACAGGAGCCAUUUAUGUAAAUUCUGCUAUGGAUUGGUUGGUUGCCAAAUCGGUUAACUUGACUGUAUAUGCUUAUUCAUCAGACAAAACUACUGAAACAAGUGAUGUUGACGUGACUAUAACAAUAACUGAUGUCAAUAAUAUAGCACCUGCAUUCGAAGAGGUUUAUUACUAUGCGAAUCUGACAGAAAAUUCUAGUCCAGGAACCACACUGUUUACUGUAAAAGCAACUGACCCAGAAAGCGGAGUAAAUGGUGAAUUUGAAUAUUACAUUGACUCAACGGUAUUCGAAGUAAAUGCAGUCGGUGUUGUUUCGGUCGCCAGUUCUGUAGACUAUGAAGCAGCCCCGUCAUAUUCCUUUAGCAUCGAAGCUAAGGAUAAAGGGACGCCGUCACUUUCUGGCCAUUCUUUUCUUCUAAUUAAUAUAUUGCCUGUAAAUGAGCACAGUCCGGUGAUCAUUGAACCACCUGGUCCAAUAGAUGUACCAGAAGACAUAGCCCCAGGGGUUGCCAUAUUCAACUUUACCGUGACAGAUGGAGACGCAGGUCCAGAUGGCGAAGUGACUCUUGCUGUACUAGAUCCUUUUGGGCCCUUCAUUAUUGAACCAAAAACUGGUGUAUUAAGUCUAAGAAAUUCACUGGACAGAGAAACCAAACCUCAGUGGGAAGUAAUUGUAAUCGCCAGAGACAAAUCUGUAAGUGAUUCAAAAUCUUCAUCAGUGGCAGUUACAAUUAACCUUUCGGACGUAAAUGAUAACAAUCCGAUCUGUGAACCAUUGACCAGCACGUCAGUUAUAUUUACGGAUGCUAUUGGCAAAGAGCUGGCAACGAUCAGUUGCACGGAUGCUGAUGAAGGGGGUAGUGCUAAUUUUGAAUAUAUUAAAGAAUCCGGAGAUGACAAGGACGCUUUUGUUGUAGAUAAAAGAAGUGGUAAAAUCACACUUGACAAACCACCAACACAGACUGAUUAUACAUUAACCAUUCGAGUAAAUGAUGUAAAGCCUCCUUCGCGCCAUGUGGAUAUAUUUUUCAGCAUAGCUGCGAACUUUCAGUUUAAUUUUACAAACCUCCCCAUGAGUAUCAAUAUAUCGGAAAAUACCGAAACGACAAAUGACAUAUAUGAGAUUGAUUCUUGUUGCGUGUCAGGUUUCACCAGAUAUGAAAUUAUUUCUGGAAAUGAUGAUAAAAAUGUGAUCCUUGAUCCGUCAUCCGGAAAGUUAAUCUUGCUCAAAGAAUUUGACUAUGAAGCCGAAAUACAAUACACGUUUACUAUACAAGCAGAGUCUGCUAGUACAGGUAUGAAAAUAGACGACACUCUGACCAUAAACAUUUUAGAUGUCAAUGAUGUUAAACCAAAAUUUACCAACAAUUUCAUAUAUCAACCUGUAUCUGAAAGCCUGGCUACUAGUACAGUUAUACUUCAAGUUACAGCGAUUGAUAAAGAAAAGGGUGCGAAUGGUGAAAUAACGUAUACCAUAGAAAGUGGAAAUGAUGGACCAAAGUUUGACAUUGAUGGAGAUGGUAGUCUAAUUCUGGUAUCAGCACUUGAUGCAGAAACAGUAUCCCAAUAUGUCCUUAAAAUCUUAGCUACCGACAACGGGGACGUACCAUUGACGGGAACUACUACAGUAGUAAUUGAGGUAAAGAACGUAGAUGAGUUUCCUCCAGAGUUUUUAAACGUAGAUAAUGGCAUCGCUGUAGCUAAUAUAUCUGAACAAGCAAUUUUGGGGGCUGCUGUCUUUACUCUUCGUGCCGAAGACAAGGAUGUCAACUCAGUUCUCAAGUAUUCCAUCUUGCAGGGCAAUGAAGACGAGAAUUUUGUUAUAGAUGGAGAUAGUGGCGAUAUAUAUCUCUCUAAAAUAUUGGACAGGGAAAUGGUAGAUCAAUACAAUCUGACAGUGGAAGUCAAGACUGGUAACGGAGAAAAUACUUCAGCUGUAAUAGUGGUUAAUGUUUUAGACGCAAACGACAUAAGCCCAACUUUUUCGCAGCCUUUUUACCAGCUCGAAGUGACCCAUGGUACUCCUGCAGAUACGGUGAUAUAUACAUUUAACAUAACCGAUGCUGAUAUAGGGGUUAAUGGAAUACUGGACUCUCUUACAAUUGAAGUUGGGAAUAAUAAUAACGAUUUCAAGAUAGUUGGAAAAGAAAUUCGGACAAAUAAAGAAGUAGACUAUUACACCACGAAAUUACAUUCAUUAACACUAAAGGCAACGGAUGGUGGAGUAUUGGCACGGUCUAGCUUCGUACCAGUUGUCAUAAAAGUGCUCCGAAUAGUUGAGCCCCCUAAGUUUGUCGUCACUGAACAUAAAGUAAACGUCAGGGAGGACGAAUCUAUCAACAGUGCUGUUUAUGAUCUGCAUGCUACACCAGAUGGAGGAAUAAAGUACAGCAUAAAGAGUGGUAAUGUAAAUAGUGCGUUUUACAUAUCUGAAUCAGAUGGUACCAUUCACGUAGGUUCAAAUCUGGAUUUUGAAAAGACAGAACAGUAUGUGUUAGAUAUUGAAGCCGAGAGUAGAGAAAAUGUGUCUUUACUAGCGAGUGCUACAGUCACCAUCAAUAUAGUUAAUGUUAACGAUAAUGUUCCAGCCUUUACAAGUACCAUAUAUAAGUUUAAUGUUGACGAAGACGCAGUACCGAACGAAAGUAUUGGAACAGUGAUGGCCACAGAUUUAGAUAAACCUCCGUAUGGGAGCAUAACUUUUGGAUUCGCAGCUACUUCAGGAUCCUCAGAUUUUACUAUUGGAAACGAUGGUGAAAUAAAAGUUAACAAAGCAUUAGACUAUAGAAGACAAAAUGCGUAUAACAUUCCAGUGAUUGCUGAUGAUGGAGUUCGUAAAGGCGAGGCUUUGCUGGUUAUAUCUGUAAACGAUAUCAAUGAUAAUACACCAACAUUCACACCAGACAAUGUGAGCAUUGCUGUCGCAGAAUCCAUGCCAACAGGCCAAGUCUUCUAUACAGCAAAGGCUCAAGAUUUGGACAGUGGAACCAAUGGAGAAAUGGAAUAUAGGCUAGAAUUAAGUUCCACCGAGUUCUCUUUAAACCCUAUGUCUGGAGCUCUUACCUUCAAUACUCCUGUAGAUAGAGAGACCAGGGAUAUCUACAAUCUUGUUAUAGUAGCUGCAGAUAAAGACGUUACUAGUCCCAAGACAGGGACCUUACAUUUGAAAGUAGUGGUUACUGAUAUCAACGACCAUGAACCAGUAUUUUCUAAGACAUCUCAAACGGUUACGAUAAACCGCACAGUAUCUCCUGGGACUAUAUUGUAUACUGUCACUGCUACCGAUAAAGAUAUUGGGGAGAAUGCGGCAAUAGACUUUCAGAUUAGUAACGGUAAUACUGAUGAUUACUUUUUAAUUGAUACUUCGUCUGGAGAAAUCAAAACCGCAUUAAAUCUGACAGCAGCAGAAAAUGAAUACAAGCUGGAGAUAACUGUUAAAGACAAAGGUAUUCCAAUUCGCUCGUCAACUAUGAUUGUAAAUGUGCUGAUUAUUCCUGUAAAUAGUGGGGUAGCCAGUGAACAAAAUAUGGCAAUAUAUGAAGCAGUAGACAUAAAUACCAAAGUUGAUGACGUAAAACUUAAAAGCGGCCAUACUGGAGCAGCUGACUUGAAAUACAGUAUUAUCGGUGGAAACUAUAAAUCAUCUUUUCAAAUAGACCCGACUUCUGGAGCUUUAUUUACAUCAGCCGAACUAGACCGAGAAGAGUACGAGUUGUUCUUUUUGACGAUUGAUAUAACAGAUACAAACGAACAAUAUACUAAGUCAGUCAGCAUUACAAUUUUAGAUGUUAAUGACAAUAGUCCAAAGAUAAAAGCUUUAGAUACUAAUAUUGCUGUAGUUGAGAAUACUCCCGCUAACCAAAUUAUAACCAAAUUUCAAAUAACUGACGAAGACAUUGGUACUAAUGGAGAGGCCGAUUUAAUUUUAGCAGAAACGCCAGCUAAGGCUAAAAAGCAUUUUAAAAUUGAUGGAGAUUCCCUUGUUAUAAAGGAACCUCUAGAUUAUGAAACCACAAAAUCGAUAACUUUCGAAAUAUUUGCAGUCGAUCGUGGAAUCCCAAAAGCCACAGGUACGAUCCAGGUUACGGUAAAUAUCAUUGAUGUUCCAGAUGAUGUUGUCUUUUUAAAUGGCGAAAAAGAGGCUCCCUCGGCGUAUAUUACCAGAGAAAUGUCUUCUAAUGUUGAAAUAGGCGAUGCUGUAACAACGAUCACACCAGAAGAGUUUAACAUCAGCCUCACAACUGGAUCCAUCACGUAUACCAGCAUAAACAAUGAAGGAAUUUUUGACAUUGAUAAUAAUAGCGGAAAAGUCACUGUUCAAAAACCGGAUUUGAUAGAAUCAAAUAGAAAAUAUUUUAUUUGGUUGGCUGUUUCUACAGAAAACAACGGCAUUGAUACAAAUAGGCUGGGUUUAAUUCGAAUUGACACAUUUGAUCCGAAUGAACAUAUCGUGUCAAUGGAGUCGCCUGAGACUGUAGAUUCAUUAAAAGCCAAAAGUGAUACUUUGCUGGCGAAAUUAUCUACUUUCUUCACGGUUGAUGAUGUUCCCAAGAUAUGGAAGACAGAAUCAACAUCCUCGGGUUCACGAAUAUUGCUGUAUGUCAUGAAACGUCCAGCAUCAACCAAAUUAGCGGAUACUACUACACCCAGCAGGGUUUUCACAGAUAUGGAUACUAUGUUAAGUGAAUACCGCUUAAACCCAAACGAAGAUAUUCCUAAAGCAGUUCUGGAGCCACCGAUAACUGCGGUUGGGCGCUAUUCUGAACCCUUGAAGAAUGGUGAAGCCGCUGCUUCAAAACAAGAAGAAUUUGUCUCCUCUGAAAAUGGAUUUAUAACUUUUGGAAUGCUUAGUGUUUUAUUGAUUAUGCUAGCAAUUCUGUUAAUUGGUUUUCUAAUCUACAAGAAAAAGAAGGCACAACAAAAAAGAAGUGAUUCAUCUGAAAAUCUCAUGCCACCAGAACCAGCUAAGGCCAUCAGAAAAAUUGAAAUCGUCAAACCACCACCUAAAUCAAAUAAGAAAAAGAAACCAUCAAGUGACAACGAAGAAUCUCCUGCGAACCGAACAACUAGAAAAACAUCUAUAGGUCCUGCUGCCACAGCAAUGCCGACAACUCAUAAAAACAGAAAAACCUCAUCACUCCAGGCACCACCUGAAAACGAGCUACCACCAGUACAGACUCCUAAAUUAGACAGACCACCACCAGUUAUUGCUGAAAAGAAACCUGGCGAAAAAACAUCUGUUGUAACGAAAAGAAAGAACGGACCAGUUGUCCAUCGAGGCAAAGAGUACGACGGUGUGGCGUAUGAUGCGGAUAAACAGCAAAGGUAUGCAUAUAAUACUCGAACAGGAAGUACAUUAUGGAUGGAAAAAGAAAAUAAUUUAGGAAGUGGUAAAGAUGUCCAUGCAAGUAAAAAGAAACCAACACCUGUACUCACUGUUGUUAGUGAAGCGAGGAAUGAGAGUCCUAAUUUCGGAUUAAAUCGGUCCGUAAAAAUGACAUCCAACAAAAAUUAAUAGCUAAAUAUGCCCAUCAUAUAUAUAUGUAGUUCUGGGUCCUGUUUCACUGAAUGGUGUAAGUAUUAUACUCCGGAAGAUACCAUAAAAUGAAAUGGGAUUUAACAUCCCCAUCUUCUGCUCCACCCGGGCACGGGUAUCGGCAUACCAUGAGUUGCUACAGUUUCAUACUUACGCCGUUUAGUGAAACGCAGAUAUUUUGUAUGUUAUCAAUAGGCGAAACGUGCCUUUGGUAUCUAUCGUAUUUGUCGCGCAUAUCAAUAUCAUCGUCUAUAUUAUUAGCUAAAAUAUUGUCAUUGAUAAGUAGGGGGGGGGGGGGGUAUCCAGAAGAGAUAAACUACUAUAUUUUAUUAAAAAAAAAUUAGACCAUUCGUUAAAUCUUCACACACUUUUAGGAAAUGUGAGACAUUACAUAAUCGGUCUGUUUUGAAAGUUCGAUAUUGAACAUCAGCACCCCCAAGUUCAAAUUUUUCCCUGUAGAAGUAGAUUCUGCAAAAUCGUUCAUUAACUGAUGCUUCAUAGAAUCACAAAACUCUUAAAAUAUAGUAUGAUCUAUUCCAUCGUCCAUAGCUUAAGUUAUUUGGUGCACUUUAUUCUCGCUUACUAGUAUGUAUAUUAUUUGUUAUAUUAUUUUGUUGUUUUAUUUUUACAUUGUUUUUGAGACGUGCUUUGAUUCGACCAGUUGAAUGUGUUUACACUGUCGAUGUUUUAACACCAAUUUGAAAAUCGGAUCAAGUUUCCUUUUUUGAUCUUGAUAUAAGUUGAUAAAAGAUUGUUUUCAUUUUAUUCUUGCGCGCGGAGACUAUCGUUUUUAGUCAAAAUCAUUCUGUCAUAAAUCUACAGUGUCUACCUAUCAUAUAUAAUUACCACAGGGGCGAAUCCAGAACCAAACACCUCCUGCUCAGCUACAUAAAAUCUUUUUUGUAAAACCACACUUUUUAUGAGAAAGUUGUCACGGUCGUGUGCUUUAUCCUUUAUCGUCAAAUGGUGUUAUCGGAUGGACAUUCAAAAAUGAUAUAGGCAUAUGUGAUGUCACAAUUAAUGCUUUGUAUAACUGAUUCACAAUGUCAUCGUAUUAAUUCAUAAUAAAAAUUGACGCCUCUCUUUCAAAAGCUCAGUAUGUAUGUAUAUACGCCAAAAUGACGAUAGAGACCAUGUAUUUCUCAAAAAAUUUCAAAAUACAUUUUCCCAGGUACCGGGCAAACCCCUUCCUGCAAAAAUUCCUGGAUCCGCCCCUAUACCAAUUCUUAAUUUGGCGAUCCCAUUAUCUAUAGCAAUAAAAUUAAUAAUACUCUAAGUUCAAACCAGGCCAUUUAAUUUUGUUUAAUAUAAUCUUUUAAAGAAGCUAUUAAAACGGUAUUUACUGUAAAUAAGUGUACAUUAUUUGCUCUUAACACAAUUAUGGACCAUCUUGCAGAUUUGUUAUGAAGUGACAUUAAUAUUUAAAAAAAUACGUGUUGAUAUUGUUCAAACUGUAUUUGUUUACAGAGCACAUUCAUGGAACAGUGAAUGUUAUUUUUAAAAAUUAAUUUGUUCGUCAUAAUUUAUUUCAACCCAUUAGUGCCAAACAUUUUUCAUGAUUAAAUAUUUGCUUAU